UUACUUAAAGUUAGAGAAAAGCAUAUACCUUUCAUCACUAAUUCAAUGACAAAUACUAUUCAAUUAUCUGAAGAUAUUGUUUUAUUAUCUCAAGAUUCAAUACUCACAUCUAAGAAUGAUGAUGUUAAUAUAAUUAAUUCAAUUGUUAUGAGACAAUUCGCUGGAGAAGCAGUAGAGUAUCUCAGUGCAAAUACGAUUAUAGAACAGAAUAAAACAGACUAUCAGUAUCCAAUCGAAUUUCUUAAUUCUUUGAUUGUUGAAG